AUUCGCAUAGCGACCACGACCGCGACCAGCAGUUUUUGUUUGUUCGCGCCGGACCGUACCGAUUUCCUCGAUACGAACAUAGUUUGGUUACUGUUGUAAUACCUAUUACCAUAAUAUACCGGAAAUCGUUUUCAUACGGUUUUCGAAGUCUUUUCGCGCACCGAUUUCUCAGGUUGCGUAGCUUUUCGUCCACGGCGGUACACCAUCGGGACUCAUCAUGACGACAGACGAAUGGGGAUACGAAGAGUUUAACGGACCAUCGGUCUGGCCAAAAUUCUUUCCACAAGCCGGCGGUUUGUUACAAUCACCAGUUAACAUCGAAACUUCGAAAUCUACCAACGACAUGACCUUAAACUGUAAACCUUUGUACUGGAACUACUGCCCUGAAAUGUGCACAAAAAUUAUCAACACCGGAUAUGGUUGGAAAGUGGAUGCUACCGGCGGUGAAGGAUCAGAACUCUCUGGUGGUCCACUGGGACAUAAGUACAAAUUGGAACAGUUUCAUUGCCACUGGGGGUGUAGCAGCGCCAAAGGAUCAGAACACACUGUUGAUGGAAUUCCUUAUGCGGGCGAGUUACACUUGGUCCACUGGAAUUGUGAUAAGUAUAAUUCGUUCACCGAAGCCAUUGCACAUCCAGAUGGUUUGGCAGUACUUGGAGUGUUCUUACAGGCUGGAACCGAAACUCACGAUGAAUUGGAAAAAAUUGUUUCAUUGAUUCCACAGGUUGCCUUACGGAAUCAAACUGCUGAAAUAACCAAUUCCAUUGAUCCAACAAAUUUGUUGCCUGAGGACAAGACUUACUGGACAUAUCAUGGUUCUCUGACAACUCCACCAUGUUCAGAAUGCGUCACCUGGAUCAUGUUCAAGAGCCCCUUAGAAGUCUCCGAAAAACAACUGAACGCGUUCCGAAGCAUGAGGACAUGGACGCCCGAAGAAUGUUGCUCUGAAGCGCACGGAGGACCCCCGCUGGUCAACAACUACAGGCCGCCACUGCCACUUGGCAACAGAGUGCUCAGAGAGUGCGGUGCCAUGUGAGACGACCAUGUCGGACAAGCAUAUUAUUAUAUUUUGUAUUUAUUGUUUAAUUAUAUUAUUGGCCGCCAUCGCGAUACACAAGCCCGACUGACGGCCUCAGCAACAAACCACCGCCACCACCAGCACCACCGGAAGCUAAUGUAUACGGAACGAUUUAUUUUAAACAAUUUUUCCUUUUAUUUUUUUUUUACGCGUUUUUAAAUAUAAUAUAAUAAUAUGCACAAUCGA